AUGGUCUCUCACGAGUUUGACUUCCUGUAUCUGGUGGUCAUGGAAUUUUGCCACAGCACUUGUCUUAACCAGCGACCGAAAGAAAUUUCAUAUACUCAGCAUAUCAUCAUGCGUUCUACUUUCGUUCUGAUCCUUGCUGCUUCUUCGUUCGCUUCGGCGCUACUGCACGUUCCUCUUCGACAGGCAAUGGGAGGAGGUUUAGAUCUUUUGCCGGGCGUUGGCACUGGUUUGGCCAGCGUUCCAGGGGCCACUGUUCUGGUAUAUGGCGCGACUUCAAGCCUAACAUCCGUCCUGAGUCCACUGGGCGGACUCCUCCCCGUCGCUCAUAGCGCGUCCAAAUCUCGACGCCAACUCGAUUCUCUUGGCGGUCUUCUCGGACCUUUAACUAUAAUCCUGGGUGGGCUUACCGGCACCGUUUCUGGUACCGGGUCCGGCAAUCUUCUCCCGGGCGCUUCGAUUCCUCCUGCUUCUGGAACUCCUGCCGCUACGGAGCCUGUGAAAAGCACCAAUCCUAUCGACAUGGCCUCCCAAUUAUAG